GGUGGGGUAGGUCUCAUGUUUCAGGGAGUUAUCAACCAAGUUCAGCUAGGUAUUACGAAUGACUACGACUCUGGGACGGAUCUCCUUGCCCAUAUCGAUGUAAGUAGUGACCAGGUGAGAGGUCUCAUGUUUCAGGGAGUUAUCAACCAAGUUCAGCUAGGUAUUACGAAUGACUACGACUCUGGGACGGAUCUCCUUGCCCAUAUCGAUGUAAGUAGUGACCAGGUGAGAGGUCUCAUGUUUCAGGGAGUUAUCAACCAAGUUCAGCUAGGUAUUACGAAUGACUACGACUCUGGGACGGAUCUCCUUGCCCAUAUCGAUGUAAGUAGUGACCAGGUGAGAGGUCUCAUGUUUCAGGGAGUUAUCAACCAAGUUCAGCUAGGUAUUACGAAUGACUACGACUCUGGGACGGAUCUCCUUGCCCAUAUCGAUGUAAGUAGUGACCAGGUGAGAGGUCUCAUGUUUCAGGGAGUUAUCAACCACGUGCAGCUGGGUAUUACAAAUGACUACGACUCUGGGACGGAUCUCCUUGCCCAUAUCGAUGUAAGUAGUGACCAGGUGAGAGGUCUCAUGUUUCAGGGAGUUAUCAACCACGUGCAGCUGGGUAUUACGAAUGACUACGACUCUGGGACGGAUCUCCUUGCCCAUAUCGAUGUAAGUAGUGACCAGGUGAGAGGUCUCAUGUUUCAGGGAGUUAUCAACCACGUGCAGCUGGGUAUUACAAAUGACUACGACUCUGGGACGGAUCUCCUUGCCCAUAUCGAUGUAAGUAGUGACCAGGUGAGAGGUCUCAUGUUGCAGGGACUUAUCAACCAAGUUCAGCUAGGUAUUACGAAUGACUACGACUCUGGGACGGAUCUCCUUGCCCAUAUCGAUAAAGACAACAACCUUGUGCAAAUUGGCAUUUCCAAAGAUAUGGAUGCUGGGGCGGAUCUCCUUGCACAUCUUGGUGUGAGUGGUGGGGAUGGCGACGGAGGUAACCAGCAGUUUGGUGAUGUGAUUGGUGGUUUCCACGGCUCUGGCGGGCUUACCACUGAUUUGAACCUCAAGUUGGAUGGACCCCCGCUGAGCUACGGCCGCGGGCCAUUCAGAGGUUUGAAAACACCUUUCGGAGGACGUAGAGGUCCAUUUAACAUCUUGAAUGGUGAUAAUAUCAAUGCAGGAUAUGGACAAGGUUUGGGAAGGAAAAAUUUCCAAAGCAACAUCGGGGAAUCCUUGCUCGGAAAUUCCUUAGGCAUGGGCGGAGUGGCCGGCCAUAUCGGCGAUGGAGGACUCGCCAACGAUUUGGGACUCAAGCUGUACAGAGCGCAGCAGAGCUUGGGCAACCUCGGACAAGCUGCCCAGUCGUCUCUCGGAGAAACUAAAAAUCUAUUGAAUACCUUAGAAGUUGCCAACGACUAUGUGAAGUCAGCAUUAUCCUCGGGGGUGGGACACUAUCAAGAAGGAAUGGAUACUUCAGGCCAUGAAUUUCAAAAUCAAGAGGGAAUUGGUGGUAUGGGCAACCUCGUGGGGGCUGACGGACUCUCCGACGCUCUAAAGCUGAAGUUGUACAGAGCUGACCAGAGCCUAGGCGACCUCUCCAGAGCUGCCCAGACGACUUUCGGUUACACGGAGGAUCUAUUAAAAACUGUAGCAACUGAUAUCGACUACUCAAAACAUUUGAAAAACGUCUGGGAUACUAUAGUAGAAAUAGAAAGGUUGAAGAUAGAAACGGGCCUAGAUCUUCUCAACUACAAGUUGCAGGGAAUCGACGAUUUGGUUGGUUUCGUCAGCACAGGCGGACUCGCCGAUGGUCUGAAGCAAAAGUUAUACAGAGUUGAGCAGAGUCUAGGCUACCUCUCAAGAGCUGCUCAAGCGUCUGUUGGAUAUACUGAGGGUCUUUUACAAGUGCUAGGGACUGAUGAGAGCUACGCACAGCCUGCAGUAGGACUGGACAUUGACAACAUGCAAGAGGGUAUAGGCAAGGGAUUCGAUGGAUUGGUUGAUCUUCAAGGUGGCGACGGACUCUCCACCGGUCUGGACCUCAAUUUGGAAGGACCUCAGCAAAGCUACAUCGACCUGGCCAAAGGUGUUCAGACAUCUGGGGGAAUUGAAGAUCCGCUAGGAAUCGUAAAAACUGAUAACAAUUACGCGAAGUAUUCAAUAAAGUUGUGAGAAGGAGGCACCGAAAUCAUACAGCUUCUACAUAUCGAGAAUUUCGUGAUUACAAGAUAUUUAAAAAAUGGUAUGCAUUUAAUAAAUAAAUAAGGACUUUUACCAUUGAGCAUAACUAUUAUAA